UAUUAAUCGAUUAUUCACGUGACACACUCCAAGAUGCUGUUUUUAUCACUACUGUCCAUAGAGAAUUCAAAUGCGGUAAGCGGAUGCGACGCCCAGCAAACUAACUACGUACGCAAUCCCCGUUACUUCCGGUCCGCGCCACAUGUGGUAAAGUCCGACCUCUAUUGUUUCGUGCAUCUGUUCCUUUACCGUCUCCAUCCUGGCAUCUGAUUUAUAUAGUUAAGCCUUCAGUCUUCCUUUGUGUUACGCGCUUGAACCGGUGAGGAAGCCUCCAAACGAUAAUGUCUCAUACCGAGGCCGCUCGUACAGAUUCCUUGGGUGAACAGGAAACUCGGGGUGAUGUGGAGAGCGAUAAAAAGGCCAAAAACAGACGACCUGCAAAUACUGCUUUUCGGCAACAGCGCUUGAAAGCCUGGCAGCCUAUCUUGACACCAAGGAGUGUGCUGCCUUUGUUUUUCGUCGUUGGUGUCAUUUUUGCACCCAUUGGGGGCCUUCUCUUAUGGGCAAGCUCUGAGGUACAGGAAAUUGUGAUAGACUACUCUGAAUGUGCUGAUAAAGCACAACGGACCCCCGUCCCGAUCCCAGACAAAGUCCAAUCGUCUUUCAAAUCUUCCAAUCAGCAGCCCAAUCCGACUUGGAUGAAAUAUAGAGAUGAACAGACGAAUGAGACCAUUUGUCGCUUGAGUUUCAAGAUCCCAGAGAGCAUUGAACCUCCUGUGUUUAUGUAUUAUCGUCUGACAAAUUUUUACCAAAACCAUCGGCGAUACGUCAAAUCGCUAGACAUAGACCAACUUAAAGGAAAGGCAGUCGACAAUAAAACUAUUGAUGGCGGUUCAUGUGACCCCCUCAAGCUUGAUGACAACGGCAAGGCAUACUAUCCAUGUGGACUUAUCGCCAACUCUAUGUUCAAUGAUACCAUCAAAAGUCCCGAGCUCUUGAACGAUGGAAACGACGAUGAUCCUGUAGUAUACGUCAUGACUAACAAGGGCAUCGCAUGGGAUAGCGAUAAAGAACUUAUUAAGACCACGCAGUACAAACCAGGACAGGUUGUCCCUCCCCCGAACUGGCAGGCCCGCUAUCCGCAUAAUUAUACCACCGAGAUUCCUGACCUUCACGAUAAUGAGGAAUUCAUGGUUUGGAUGAGGACAGCUGCAUUACCCAACUUCAGCAAACUGUCCCGGAGGAAUGACACCACGGCAAUGUCACCAGGCACUUACCAAUUGGAUAUCGCAGACCACUUUCCUGUUACAGAAUAUGGGGGAACAAAGUCAAUACUCAUAUCUUCUCGGACCGUUAUCGGUGGGCAGAACCCUUUCAUGGGUAUCGCGUAUGUCGUUGUUGGCGGUCUAUGCGUCCUUCUUGGUGCGCUUUUCACUAUUGCUCACCUAGUGCGGCCUAGGAAGCUUGGAGAUCACACAUACUUGACCUGGAAUAACGAGCAGGAAAGUAGCGCCACAGCAACCGGGAGAGAUAAUAGGUUUGGGCCGAAUACCCAUUAAAUGAUACUCUCUUUCCAACCACCCCACCGUGCGUUAUUGUACACCGUUGAAUGCUCAUCAAGUUGGCCAAUCUGCAUGGUUCCUUCUAUGGUUCUUGCCAAACCAUGCAUCAUAGUUCGAGGCAUCUGCGGCUGGAGUUCUGGUGUCUGUUAGUUUAAGCGGCCCUUCUCUUGCUUAACUGUUAGUAUGACUGUUUUUGUUGCUACGCUAGUGUCAUCUGGAUUGGGUGCG